AUGGGCCAACAACAGUCAAAAGGCAGUGAUGGAUCCAGAACCCCGUUAAAGAGUAACUCUUCCUCCAAUUUAGCUUCAGAUGCGCUGUCGCAAUAUCCCUCCAUUUCCAGGUCCGACACAAAAGAGAGCACUUCCAGAUCGAUCCGGUCUUCGAUCAGGAGUAAAAUCAAGAGUUCGGGAGAUGAAAAACCCAACGAUAGUCCAAGAGCCUCGGGAUCCGCCCUCUCUGGUACGGAAGGAUCAGCUACCGAUAAGGGCGAUGCAAGUUCGAUAGCGAGCGGCCGGUCGGGUUCCUCUCGGGUCACGAAAGAAAGGAUCUCAAAUCCCCCGGUCGCUGAAUCCCCCACGUCGCCCACAGAUUACGAUGAAGCGCCAUCUCCAGGCACAGCCUCGCCCGCUCGGCCUCCAUCCCCGACCCAGUCAAAAUCCGUAGGCAAAGGUCACAAGGCCGUAGACCGCGCACAGCGUACGGGAGAGGUGGGAGCAGUGUCUGAUGAGGCGCCUCACCAGGCUCAUAUUCACUCGUCGACCCAAAAGGCGGGAGCGUCGAUCUUGGUGAAACGCGAGAACCAGAUCAAUCCCCGAGCGCCCGAGACCAAAGCCUCAUUACGAGCCAAAUUGGCAGACUUGCCGGGUGCGUCUCCCGGGGCAAGUAUGGCGAUCGGAGACGUCAACGACAUGGACCUGGACGACAUGAUCUCUCGUCUCCUGGACGCAGGAUAUACAACCAAAGUCACUAAGGCAGUGUGCCUCAGGAAUGCUGAAAUCACCGCGGUCUGUUUGGCUGUUCGAGAAGUCUUGCUGUCACAGCCCGCGCUGUUGGAACUGAACGCACCCGUCAAGAUUGUGGGUGAUAUCCAUGGCCAAUACAACGAUCUGAUCCGCUUAUUCGAAAUGUGCGGAUUCCCGCCCACAGCCAAUUUUCUCUUCUUGGGCGACUAUGUGGAUCGAGGGAAGCAGUCACUGGAGACGAUUCUCCUGCUGUUUUGCUACAAACUGAAAUAUCCCGAAAACUUUUUCAUUCUCCGCGGCAAUCACGAAUGUGCCAAUGUCACACGGGUGUAUGGCUUCUACGACGAGUGCAAACGACGAUGCAACAUCAAAAUCUGGAAGACAUUCAUCGACACCUUCAACUGCUUACCCAUUGCUGCUAUCGUGGCGGACAAAAUCUUUUGUGUGCACGGCGGCUUAUCACCAAGUUUGUCCCACAUGGAUGACAUUCGACAGAUUGCUCGGCCAACCGACGUCCCCGAUUAUGGUCUGCUCAAUGAUCUGUUGUGGAGUGAUCCGGCAGAUAUGGAUCAAGACUGGGAUUCCAACGAGCGUGGUGUUAGCUACUGCUUCGGCAAGAAAGUCAUAGUGGAUUUUCUUGCCCGCCAUGAUUUCGAUCUGGUGUGUCGCGCUCACAUGGUGGUUGAGGAUGGUUAUGAAUUUUUCAAUGACCGGUUGCUUGUUACUGUUUUCUCUGCUCCAAAUUACUGUGGCGAAUUCGACAACUGGGGUGCAGUCAUGUCAGUGUCCAGCAAUCUUCUGUGCAGUUUCGAACUCUUGAAGCCACUGGACUCGAGUGCGUUAAAGAGCCAUAUCAAAAAGGGCAGAAAUGCUCGACAACACAUGCUCAACAGCCCGCCUGCUCAGGUGUCGGCCCAGAGCUACUAA